UUCCACGUCAGCACAAAAAGACGACAAAAAUAUGCUAAAAUUGAGUUCAGGGUAAUAGGACCCUGUGAAGUUGGAGUGCGUCAUAGUAGCUUUGACCAUAUGGUUUUAAAUUAAAGUUAUGUCAAUAUACAAAAAUGCCUUUUAAUCUUAUAGUCUAAAUAUGACUCAUGGAAUGUAGAAAUUAAAGUAUUUCCAAAGGAGGAAAGAAGUCAUUCUUUUUUCAAACGGAUUAAAAAGGAAAGUAUCGUAGGUAAUUCUUUUUGAAAAAAAGGGAGUAUCUUUUUGCUCCAAUUAUACAGUGGACAGCCAAGGUCCAUUUUGAUUUGUUUGUCUUUUUACUUGACACCAAGUUAAAGAAAGUCACAGAGACUUUUGAAUUAUGACCGUUUAAUUUUAUGGUCCGACUUUCUAGCAAAGUUAGAAAAUCCUACUAGUGGGGUAUCGGGAGGGUGGGGCGGCAUACGCAGACUUUACCCCUACUAUUGUUGGUUUAGAGAGAUUAUUUCUGAUAAACCGUCAACCCAUCUGCAGAGUCAUAAGAGCAUUUAGUAAGUGUUCAAGUUGGGAUGUGGCUCGAAAUAAUGGAAUCAGAACAAUAACACAAAGACUCCUAGAAACCACAAAACUAACUGGUUGACCCAUCAUAUAAAAUAAUCAUCAGACUUGAUCACAAUCAACCACGUGGUCAAUCUGAUAGUACUCGGAGUUGAAUUUGUAAAGUUACAUAAAAAGAGCAGGGAAGAAGGGAAUUAGUACAACAUAUCCUGUAAGUCUCAUAGACCAUCACCUAAAGGCCAUGGCAAGGCGUUAUGUAUGUGACAUGUAUAACAGCUUUCAGGUCAUAAUUGCAAAGGCAAACGUGAAUAUAGUAGUUAUGGCUCAUGCAAGUGUGGCUUCUCUUACGAGAACAAUAGAAUCGCUCUUGACAUCCAAUUCGCCGAUGCAAUCUCUGAUCUGUGAUCACAGAGAAGAAAUUUGCGAUCUUAAUGAAAAGACUAGUUCCCUGGAAGUAUUUGUCAAGAAGUUUGAGAAAAACAAUGUUUCUGGGGAAAUGACGGAUUUCGAAGUAGAGGUAAAACAAGUUGCAAAUUUUGUUGAACACACAAUUCAACUACGAGUAACUGAAGUUGUAUUGGCAAAUGAUGAAAAUCUGAGAGAAAAGGCACAUUGGUGGCUUUCUGAUAGCCCGCAACAAGUAGAAGAGGGCAUUGAUCGUAUCUGGAAAGAAUCAACAGAGAUUCAAGAUAAGGGCAAACAAGCAUCAAAGGAAUCAACGGUUCAAGAGUUUCACAGCUCAUCAAAAGAUAUUCGGAAUGUUGAGAACAAUAUGGUUGGACGUGAUGAUCAAAGGAAACUGUUGGUAGAAGAUCUUACUAGAAGCUACUCUGGUGAACCCAAAGUCAUCCCGAUUGUUGGGAUGGGAGGCAUAGGUAAAACAACUUUAGUGAACGAAGUUUACAAUGAUGCGUGCAUUCGUUCUCAUUUUGAUGUUUGUGCCUGGGCUACUGUUUCUCAACAACACAACGUAAAGGAAAUCUUGUUGAGUCUUUUGCGUUCUACAAAGGGUGGUACAAUUGACAUGAACGAUGAAGCAGAGCUUGCAAGCAUGCUACAAAAGAGUUUAAAGGGCAAGAGAUAUUUAAUUGUAUUGGAUGACAUGUGGAAAACUGAAGCAUGGGAUGCUGUGAGACUAUGUUUUCCAAGUCAAAACAAUGGGAGUGGAAUAUUAUUGACGACCCGUAACACUGAAGUAGCUCACGAUGCUGGUACAGAGAAUCUUUCUUUGCAGAUGGAUUUAAUGGGUCCGAAUGAGAGUUGGAACCUUUUUAAAAGUGUAGCUUUUGCAAAUGAAGCAUUACCAUCUGAGUUGGAGACUAUUGGGAAGCGAAUUGCAGAGAAAUGUCACGGGUUACCACUAACUAUUGUCGUGGUUGCUGGACUUCUCAAAUCUAAAAGGGCAAUAGAAGAUUGGAAAAGUGUUGCGAAAAAUGUCAAGUCACUUGUCACAAAUGAUCCUGAUGAACGAUGUUCACGUGUGCUUGGGUUGAGUUACAAUCACUUGACUAGCGAUCUAAAAGCAUGUCUUCUACAUUUCGGGAUUUUUCGAGAAGACAGUGAGAUACCAGUGAAGAAAUUGAUGAGAUCAUGGAUGGCUGAGGGGUUCCUGAAGUUGGAAAAUGAUUUGGAAGGAGAGGCUGAGAAGUGUUUGCAAGAGCUUGUCGAUAGAUGUCUAGUCCUCGCCUGCAAGAAAAGUAUAGAUGGAACAAAAAUUAGAUCAUGUAAGGUUCAUGAUCUAAUACAUGACCUGUGCGUGAGAGAAAUUCAAAGGGAGAACAUUUUUAUCAUGAACGACAUUGUGCUUGAAUUUGAUUCAGGAUGGACAUAUCUCAGUAUGCAAAAAAUGCAGCCCUUUAAAUGCAGAACAAAAAUUGAUUAUUGUCACCGUGGCCUUUUUAGGGCUCUUCUUACCCCUGUGCAUCGUCAGUUGAGAGAUCAUGACAGCAACGAUCUUUUGAAACAAACCCAUUCUAUUUUCUCUUCUUUUUGUAAUCUUCCAAUUAAUUUUCUCAAAUCAGAGCUUAUUCAUUUCAAAUUACUCAAAGUCUUGGAGUUGAGAUACAUAGAGAUUGAUCAUUUCCCUGUAGAGAUACUAAGCCUCAUCUGGUUGCGGUACCUAUCAUUGCUCUGCCAUGAGGAGAAUUUAGACAUACCUCCAGAAAUUUGCAGGUUAUGGAAUCUGCAGACAUUCAUUGUUCAAGGGCAGCAGACAUACAUUGUUCCUUCAGUUUUAGUAACUUUUCCUGAGGAAAUUUGGGGACUAAUGCAAUUGCGGCAUCUUAAACUGCCCAGAUUUAAUUUACCAGAUUGCCCAAGUGGAUCUGUUAACAAAGGAAGGCACUUGGAUUUUUCAAACUUACAAACUAUUUCUUACUUGUCUUUGGAUUGUUGCACGAAGGAGGUUAUUAUGGGGAUUCAGAAUGUCAAAGAAUUAGGAAUCCGUGGAUAUGAGACUGACUCUAAUAGUAUUCUAAACAAUCUUGUUCAUCUGCAGCAACUUGAAAAAUUGAGUUUUAUAUUUUGCUUUGCCCAUUUUCCAGCAAGUGCAAAAGCUUUUCCAGCAACGCUCAAGAAGCUGAAGUUGGAAAGUACUUUUCUAAGUUGGUUGUACUUGGACAUCAUAGCUGAGUUGCCUAACCUUGAGGUGCUGAAGCUGAUGGGUUUUGCUUGUGAUGGCGAAGAAUGGACUCCAAAUGUUAGGGGAUUUACUCGAUUGAAGAUUUUGUUAAUUGAAGAUUAUUUUCUCGAGUACUGGAAUGCCACAGAUGACAAUUUUCCUGUCCUUGAGCGACUUGUGCUUAACAAAUGCCAUAAUUUGAAAGAGAUACCCAUUGAGUUUGCAGAAAUCCACACACUACAACUGAUUGAGUUAACAAGGUGUCUUCCCAAACUUGGAGAAUCUGCAGCACGAAUUCAAAAAGAACAAGAAGAUCUCGGAAACAACCCCGUGGACGUUCUUAUCUCCGAUCUAUGUAAGUAUAUAGUAUUUAUCAAGGUCACACUCUGUUUCUCAUUUCCACAAGUCAGGUCAUACACCAAAGUUAUUUAGCUUUGCCCCAUAUUCUUUCACAAAAAUAACUUUGACAAAAUUUGGUUAAAACUCCACUUAAAAUGUAACAGAAAUUAACAAGAAUAUCUCUUAUAUUUGAAAGUAGUUCAAAAUGUCCCCUUUAAUAUAUUUUUGAAUAAUUUUGGUACUUUAGUUUAAGCUUUCUAAAUGUGAGCACAUUUGGUCUAAUUGUUACUACCUCCGUCUAUCAAUAGUUGUCCACUAUUAACUUGACACAUAAGUUAAGAAAUAGUAAAUAAUAGGGCUAGUUUUACCAUAUUAUCCUUUGAAUCUAAUAAAUCUAAUGCUUUAGAAAACACAUUGGAUAAUGAAUCGUAUUUAAUGUUAAGGGUAAAAUGGGUAAAUUAUCC